AUGGUUCAAGAGAAAUUAAGAGUCUCUACUCGGACACUACAAUGGAAAUGUGUUGAAUCACGAAUAGACAGUAAGCGUCUUUAUUAUGGACGCUUUAUUCUGUCCCCACUUAUGAAAGGUCAAGCCGAUACAAUAGGCAUUGCAAUCCGAAGAAUUUUACUCGGAGAAAUAGAGGGAACAUGUAUCACACGUGUAAAAUCAGAGAAAAUACCACAUGAAUAUUCUACCAUAAUAGGUAUUGAAGAAUCAGUACAUGAAAUUUUCAUGAAUUUGAAAAAAAUUGUAUUGAAAAGUAAUAUGUAUGGAACACAGGACGCAUGGAUUUCUUUCAAAGGUCCUGGAUAUAUAACCGCUCAAGACAUCAUUUUACCACCCUCGGUGGAAAUCGUUGAUAAUAGACAACAUAUAGCCAACGUAACAGAACCUGUUAAUUUGUGUAUUGAAUUAAAAAUUGAGAGAAAUCGUGGGUAUCGGAUAAAAACAUUAAAAAACUUUCAAGACGGAAGUUAUGAUAUAGAUGCUAGAUUCAUGCCUGUUCGAAAUGUAAAUUAUAGUAUUCAUUCUUAUGUCAAUGGGAAUGAAAAACAAGAAAUACUUUUUCUGGAGAUAUGGACAAACGGAAGUUUAACUCCUAAGGAAGCCCUUUAUGAAGCCUCCCAAAAUUUGAUUGAUUUAUUUCUUCCCUUUUUACACGCAGAAGAAGAUAACUUUCAUUUAGAAAAAAAUCAAGACAAAGUGACUUUGCCCCUUUUUACUUUUCAUGAUAUAUUGGUUAAAGAUAAACUAAGGAAAAAUAAAAAAGAAAUAGCAUUGAAAUCUAUUUUUAUUGACCAAUUAGAAUUACCUCCCAGGAUCUAUAAUUGUCUCAAAAGAUCCAAUAUUCAUACAUUAUUAGAACUUUUGAAUAACAGUCAAGAAGACCUUCUGAAAUUUGAACAUUUUCGCGUAGAAGAUGGAAAAUCUAUAUUGGACAUUUUAAAAAUACAAAAGUAUUUUGCAUAA